GCCAAACAAUAUGAAUUACUUUAAGCAGAGCAGUAUUAUCUUAGUGGUAUUGUUAAUAAGCUGCCUGUUGCAGCAGACACAUGGCCAUGGCAUGAUGUUGGAUCCGCCGGGUCGCUCUUCACGCUGGCGUUACGACGAUUCAGCGCCCAAGAACUAUGAUGACAAUGCCUUGUACUGUGGUGGAUUCUGGAAACAAACUCAGAACGGCAACAAGUGUGGCUUGUGUGGUGAUGACUACAGCGAUGCCUUGCCCAGAGCCAAUGAGCUGGGUGGCAAAUAUGGACAGGGAGUUAUUGUCAAGAGCUACUAUAGCUCUACUUUAACAGCCUUAAAUGUGCGAAUUACGGCCAAUCAUUUGGGCUACUUUAGCAUGGAUCUGUGCAACUUGGACGAGUUUAACGGCGAGUCAGAUGACUGCUUUGCUAAGUAUCAGCUGGAGUUCAUUGAUGGCAACAAAAGGCUUUAUAUUGGCAGCACAACUGGAAACAUUGAGGCUAUUGUGCAGUUUCCCAAGGGAGUCAGUUGCAAGCAUUGUGUGCUACGUUGGACAUACACGGCUGGCAAUAACUGGGGCAUUUGUGAGAAUGGCAACGGGGCUCUCGGCUGCGGUGCUCAGGAGACUUUCAGAAGCUGCGCUGACAUUAGCAUUGUGCAUUCACUGCGUGGUAUGUUGGAGCCAGCAAAGCAAAUGGCUGUCGAGCUGCCAGUGGAAGUUCCAGAAAAGGUUGUUUAAUCCUAUAGUCUUAAAUAAUAUAAGAAAAUAUUAAUCUCAAUAACAAAAAAUAUAUCAAACAAAAAAUCUA